AUGCGCAAUGCAAUGCCAUACAAACCCAUCGGACAUCGAUGUUUAGCGCUGAACGAUUUCAACCCUAAGAGAAGAGAGCACACGAUUGACGUCCACGGUUUGCGACCUUCGGAAGCUCUGGAGAAGACUGAGAAGGCACUUCUUGAACUCUUGAAGAGCGGUCAUUCGACACUCCGGGUUAUCGUUGGCAAAGGUUUACACUCUGUCAAUGGUCAACCGGUUCUCAAGGGUGCCAUCACUGCUGCAAUGCAAAGGCAGAAGAUCCCUUGCGAAGUUGACCCGAAGAACACGGGUGUGCUCAUCGUCGAGCUCCCCAAAUCCUAA